AUGCACGCCCCACUGACUCCAUAUGACCCAGUCACUGAGCACUGGGACUCGUAUAUGCUGAGGUUCAACUGGUUCCUCAAAGUCAACAACCUCAUAGGCCUUUCUGAAGGCUGCAAGAAGAACAUGUUCCUUGGUUACUGUGGACAGGAAGUGUUCGAAACUGCCAAAGACCUGUCAGAGCCGACGCUGCUACAAUUGGUCGCUUGGUCCAUGCUCCAGCAGACGCUGAGGACUCUCUAUACGCCCAAGCCAUCUAGGCACAUCCACCGGCACGAGUUUAAUAUUCGCAACCAGAAGGAAGGCAAAUCAAUCAACGAGAGCAUCAGAGAGAAGAGAUUCCAUCUUCGGAAUUCAGGCUUCUCUGCUUCCCCCAUGCCCCUUAAACUCAUUUACUUUAUGAAUCAAAGGGAUGCCGUUAAGAAUGAAGCAACUAUUAUCUCAGGGAGAAGGCUGGCUGCACAAGUCUUUGAGGAAAUACAAAGAGAUAUCGAAUCAUGGCUUACCCUGGGCCACAAGAGACCUCAUCUCACUGUUGUUUUAGUAGGAGAAAACCCAGCUAGUCAUACUUAUGUAAGAAAUAAAGUAAAAGCAGCAGCAGCUGUAGGCAUUUGUAGUGAAAUAAUACUGAGGCCCAAGGAAAUUUCUCAAGAAGAACUUUUAGAUCUCACUGGCAAAUUAAACAAGAAUUCAAGAGUCAGUGGCAUAUUAGUCCAGUUACCUUUGCCAGAUCACAUUGAUGAAAGGACUGUGUGCAAUAGUGUUGCUCCUGAAAAGGAUGUGGAUGGAUUCCAUAUUUUCAAUAUUGGGCGAUUGUGCCUCGACCAGCCUUCCAUUAUACCUGCCACUGCUGCUGCAGUUUGGGAAAUAAUAAAGAGAACUGGAAUACAGACAUUUGGAAGAAAUGUUGUUGUAGUUGGAAGAUCAAAAAACGUUGGAAUGCCAAUUUCAAUGCUUUUACAUUCUGAUGGGGAACAUGAAAGGCCUGGCGGUGAUGCUACUGUUACAAUAACUCAUAGAUAUACACCAAAAGAUCAGCUGAUGAUUCAUACACAGCUUGCGGACAUUGUGAUAGUUGCUGCAGGUAUUCCAAAGUUAAUUACUUCUGAUAUGAUUAAAAGAGGAGCCGCAGUGAUUGAUGUUGGUAUCAACCAUAUUCAUGAUCCUGUCACUGGAAAGACAAAAUUAGUAGGAGAUGUAGACUUUGAAGAAGUAAAGAAGAAAGCUAGUUUUAUCACCCCUGUCCCAGGAGGGGUAGGACCAAUGACAGUUGCCAUGCUCUUGAAGAAUACCUUAAUUGCUGCAAAGAAAUUUAUUUAUUAAAAUGUAUAAAUUGAAGUAAUUCUAUAGGUAUAUAAACAUUUA